AUGGUGGGAUUCACCAAGCAUCUCUACAGAUUCACGGGCGCUAAAGCAGGCAUCUGGUUCAGCCUACUGUUAAAGUAUCACGAAGGCAUCGAAGUGCGAGUAGAUGCCAAUGACCUCAGUUUCACAGGCGAGUUGAAUCAAGCGCUGAUCAAUAAAAUCCCUAACGACUGCGAAAACUUACAAAUACGCUGCUGGGCGGGUUGGUCGAUGUUGAGAGCCAUGCCCACUUACGCUCGGCCCACCGAAGAAGAACGGCAAGUCAUUGCCGCGUGUAACCCCAAGGCCGUAGACAUAGCGCAUGACAUCAAUCAUGUCAUCAACAAUCAACUCAGAACGGGAGAUUGCAAGAUUUUCAUCAAGAACCAAUACCAUCAACCUGCAACAAAGUUUGAAGACCUCUUAUGCGUGGCGAGGCUGCUGCAAAACACUGAACAGAUCACCAGGGUCUACGCCUCUCGUCAGGAUUUCCAGAUCACGUUGGUAUUGCAAGAUUGCUAUCCUAUCCUAGUCACGAAGAGCGCGGCGUGCAAUGGACAUUUGUACACGUUUGACUUGGAUGACGGCGUGGUGGACACGUCAUUUGGCGAUGACAUACGUGAGACCAAAUGGAGCAAGGAUGCAGCGGCCUGGACCAGGCGUUUCAACGAGACCAAUGGAGAAAGCUGGGACGACCCCGUGCUCAUUUCCGACUCUUAA